CUUUUGGGACUCGAAGGUAAGAGGUUGUGUAGUGGGCACCGGCUGCAAUUUCAAUAGUUGUUACUCCAUCCUUGCGUAAAUGUUCCGUUCGAUAUCGAACUAAUAUACGUACAAAUUACGGGAGAUUGCCAGAGCGUCGGCGUCGCUUCGUAUUAUACGAAAGUCUUGCUACAAUGAGCUACGAGAAAACGACUGAAUCGAUCGACGGUAAUAUGGAGUACGUCGGCCACGUGGCGAAGCGUCUUACUUCGGAAGAGAUCGAGAAAAUGCAGGCUCAAAAUUCACGUUUAGUCUCGGAAUUUCAAGCCAAUCAAUUGGAAAAAGAUGCUAAAAAGCACUGGGAUUUAUUUUAUAAACGAAACGAUACCAGAUUCUUUAAAGACAGACACUGGACCACCAGAGAAUUUAAUGAACUCUUGGGCUUGAGCUCGAAGGAAGAUCGAAAUGUGCUCCUCGAAGUCGGAUGCGGCGUUGGAAAUUUUGUAUAUCCAUUAGUCGAAGAUGGAUUGAAAUUUAGAAAAAUAUUCGCCUGUGAUUUAUCUCCCAGAGCAGUGGAAUUGAUGAAGAACCAUAUGCUAUACCACCCAGAGAAAAUGAACAUUUUUCAAACAGAUAUCACUAUGGAAAAUUGUUUCUACAAUGUGGACUGUCCGGUGAACGUGGCAACCUUAAUAUUCGUUCUAUCGGCCAUUCAUCCAGACAAAUUUCGAAAAGUUGUGAAAAAUUUGUACAAUAUUCUUCAUAAUGGAGGAGUUGUACUUUUUAGAGAUUAUGGCCUAUAUGAUAUGGCUCAACUGAGAUUUAAACCCGGUCACAAGAUCAGUGAUAAUUUUUAUAUGAGACAAGAUGGAACUAGAACAUAUUAUUUUUCAAUGGAGGAAAUAUCAAAGCUAUUUGAACAUGCUGGCUUUAAAACCUUAACAUGUGAUUACAUACAAAGACGUACUGUUAACUUAAAGGAGAAAAUAGAUGUACCUAGAAUUUUUGUCCAAGGAAAAUUUGAGAAACAAAUACAAGUUUAAUGAAUAUGUGUCUUGAACUUGAUCAAGAACAAGUGUUGCAUAUUAUUGCAUGGAAUAUGUAGAGAAUUUGAUCAGGAGCGACUGUUGCAUACUAUUGCAUGGGUACUUAGUACUGGUGAAACUACUCGGGAUACAUGCAUAUUUUCAUUGCAUACCCUGAUGUUCCAAGCAAAGAGUACAUGAAUGAUACCCGUAUCUUAUCUUCUAUCGCAGAUUGUUGGCACAGGGAGUACUAUGGAAAUGAUAUUUCACAUUUUAUACAGUAUAAAAUAUUGUAAUAAAUAGAUGAUAAAUAAAGCGAUAUUCAUAGCACAUA